CCGGUAGUUAGAAAACGAUACUUGUGCUACUCUCUCUCUUUCUUUCUCAUUUUAAUCCUUUUCCAAAUUUCCUUCAAACCCAUUUCACUCUUGACAAUUUUCUAUCAUACCCAUUUUUCAAAAUUGUAUCUUUUUUUUUUUGGUAAAGAAAAUUGUAUCUUUUUCAUUUUUUUAAUAAAAAGAUUAUAUAUAUGGAACCUCGUGUUGGUAAUAAAUUUCGUUUAGGUCGGAAAAUUGGCAGUGGAUCCUUUGGUGAGAUCUAUUUAGGUACUAAUGUUCAGACGAAUGAAGAAGUUGCAAUUAAGCUUGAAAAUGUCAAGACAAAACAUCCACAACUACUGUAUGAGUCCAAGUUGUACAGAAUUCUACAGGGAGGAACUGGUAUUCCAAACGUGAGAUGGUUUGGCGUGGAGGGAGAUUAUAAUGUUCUGGUGAUGGAUUUGCUUGGGCCCAGUCUUGAAGAUUUGUUCAAUUUCUGCAGCAGGAAACUCUCCCUGAAAACAGUUCUAAUGCUUGCAGAUCAAAUGAUCAAUCGAAUUGAAUUUGUUCAUUCCAAAUCAUUUCUACAUCGUGAUAUUAAGCCAGACAAUUUUCUAAUGGGUUUGGGACGCCGUGCAAAUCAGGUUUACAUUAUUGACUUUGGUCUAGUCAAGAAAUACAGGGAUACUACAACUCACCAGCACAUUCCAUACAGGGAGAACAAAAACUUGACUGGGACUGCUAGAUAUGCAAGCAUGAAUACUCAUCUUGGGAUCGAACAAAGCAGGAGGGAUGAUUUAGAGUCUCUUGGAUAUGUUCUCAUGUAUUUCUUAAGAGGAAGCCUUCCUUGGCAAGGGCUGAAAGCCGGAAAUAAGAAACAGAAAUAUGAGAAAAUUAGCGAGAAGAAAGUUUCUACAUCAAUUGAGGCCUUGUGUCGUGGUUAUCCAACUGAGUUUGCAUCAUACUUUCAUUACUGCCGUUCACUACGGUUUGAGGACAAACCGGACUAUGCCUAUCUGAAGAGAAUAUUCCGCGACCUCUUUAUCCGUGAAGGGUUUCAGUUUGAUUACGUUUUUGAUUGGACGAUUUUGAAGUAUCAGCAGUCACAAAUUGCAGCUCCUCCUACCCGUGGUCUUGGUGUCGGUGCCGGGCCGAGUUCUGGGACCCCCCCUGUUAUUCCGAAUGGUGAUAGGCCAGGUGAGGAAAGUGGGAAACAGACUGGCUUGUCUUCACUGGACCCUUCUCGUCGGAGAAAUUCAGCACAAAUCACAAACUCUGGCAGUCUAGCUAAGGAGAAGAGUCCUGUUGCUAACGAUGCAGCAAUCAGCACGGAUGCCAUGAUGUCAAGCUCUGGGUUUGGUGGGAGAGCAAGUGGGUCGAUGAGACGAGGUAAUGAUGUGGACCCCACAGGUCGUUCACGUAUUGACGAGACCAGACAGAAAAGUUCACCACAAGCUGGAUCCUCUGAUCCUAGAAACAGGACCGUAGCUACAGCAAAGAAGUAUGAAACCACUCUCAAAGGUAUGGAGAAUCUAAAUUUUGAAGACGAAGAAAGGAUUCGUUAACUAUCCGUAAGGGACUCAGAUAUCUUGUAAAUUGUACAAUCUUUUUUCUUAAGACAAGAAAAUCACCCACCCACCCCAUAGGCCAUAGCCCAUGGUCUUCCAAAUGAGCACCUUUAAGAGGGAAGUUUCGUCUUGAUAGUACUUAAUUGUGAAUUUGUGAUAGCUGAUGACAGACAUACUGAACUGUAAAUCUGUAGCUUUUAUGAUUAAUCUCUGUUACCGUUUCUUUUUCA